UGCACUAACGAAUGCAGAGGGGAUGUAAUACGGAGAAUAAUCUUGCUAUCAGUUGGAAAACCCAGGUCCAUACACCGCUACAGAUACAGCAAACAUAUCACUGAAGUGAAAAAUGAAUUAACAAUAACAUGACUAAAGAAGCAUGAACAACUAAAGAAGCAAAGAAUGCAUUCAAAACUAUCUAAUGGAGGCUGCAUAGGUCUAUUGUUGAUAUUUGAACCCCGAGUAAAGAAUGCCUGGAAAAACUUGAAUUAUGUCACAGAAAAGAGGUCCCCGGGCACUAAGGGCGGGCAGCAAGAAUGAAAAGUAGACAUGGAAUAUCGUAAGCGAUAAAGAGGGUGUAAUAGACGACGCUCACACCGUAUUCUGGAGGUUAUGUCCCGGGGUUAUGUUGCAUACGGCAAGUACAGUACUAAACUCUGAUCUCUUCAAAAGCAGAACCAAUCUUCACCAAACUAUGUCAUCUCUGACCACCUUGGAUAUUAUCGUCAUCAUCUGUUAUUUUGCCAUCGUAUUGUGUGCUGCUUUCGUGGCACUAUGGGUAACCAACAGGAGUACCGUCAACGGAUACUUUUUGGCGGGAAGAUUCAUGACGUGGCUCCCGGUUGGAGCAUCUCUCUUCGGCAGCAACAUUGGUAGUCAACAUUUCGUUGGUCUAGCUGCCGAUGCAGCCAAAAGUGGCAUAUCUCCCGCUGCUUUUGAAUUAAAUGCCCUCAGCUUAUUGCAGCUAAUGGGAUAUCUAUUCAUUCCAGUGUUCAUUGCGUCAGGGGUAUGUACCCUACCCGAGUUUAUGAUGAAGAGGUUUGGCAGUCAAAGGAUUCGGGUAUACCUGGCUUGCCUGUCGAUUACUGUCUACGUGAUCGCUAGAGUAUCGGUUGAUCUGUAUGCAGGAUCAUUGUUUCUGCAACAGGCAUUGGGAUGGAACCGCUAUUACUCUAUUUUGCUGAUAUUAGCACUCGUGUGUUUCUUUACAGUCACAGGGGGUCUUUCAGCUGUGAUGUAUACAGAUACAGUGCAAGUUUUCAUUAUGAUUUUCGGUGGACUCAUCUUAAUGGUCAAGAGUUACAAGCAAAUCGGGAGUUUUGAAGAGCUGAAAGUGAAGUAUUUCCAGGCCGUUCCCAACGACACCCUUCAUAGGCCGAAUUAUUCGUGCGGAUAUCCGAAUCCACACGCAUUCCAAAUGCUCCGGAGUGCCGAUCCGUACAAUUCGGAUUUUCCUUGGAUAGGAUUUCUCCUUGGGCAGACGACCGCGUCAAUAACUUACUUUUGCGCUGAACAGGUCAUGGUCCAGAGGACAUUAGCAGCGAAGAGUCUGUCUCACGCUCAAGGUGGAUGCGUCUUCGCUGGAUAUGCCAAGAUCCUGCCACUUUUCAUGAUUGUCAUCCCGGGGAUGGUCGCUAGAAUCCUCUUCACAGAUUUGGUAGCAUGUGCUUCGCCUGAGGCCUGUCUAGCAGCCUGCGGCAAUGAGAAAGGGUGCGCCAACUACGCCUUUCCUUCCCUGGUAUUGAACCUCUUACCUUCAGGCUACCGUGGGGUGAUGUUAGCUGUGAUGUUAUCGGCUGUUGUGAGUAGCUUGACAUCAUUCUUUAACAGCGUCAGUACUCUGUUUACAGUGGAUGUAUGGUCUUUCUUCAGAAUCAAAUUCUCGAAGAAAGUCCCUUCAGUUCGGGAGAUGAUGAUUGUCGGCAGGGUAUGUGUAGUGGUAAUCACUGCCCUGAGUAUCUUGUGGAUUCCAGCUAUUGAGUUACUUCAAGGAGGGGAUGGAUUGUUACGUUACUUUGUUCAGAUCAAGGGUCGCAUUACUCCAGCUGUGUGUGCCGUCUAUUUCCUGGCAUUGCUCUGGCCUCGAGCUAAUGAACAGGGAGCAUUUUGGGGACUGAUGAGCGGAGCCAUCACCGGUUUUAUCCGAUUAGCGUUCGACUUCAUCUGGCCGGAACCAGUUUGCUGGGAAGAGGACACCCGGCCAAAGGUCAUCCGAAUACACUACUUCUAUUUCAACCUGAUUCUCUUCUCCGUUGUGCUAGUGGUUGACAUCGUCGUCAGUCUCCUCACCGAACCACCCCCGAAAGAAAUGUUAAUUCGUACUACAUUCCGCACCCGGUUCAGUAAGCAGAAGAGAAAGGAUGAAGACGACGACGAUGACCACGAUGAAGCCGAUGAAGCAGAGAUGAUGAUGAUGGGAUCAGCCGAAAACGCCAAACCAGACAAUCAUGCUUCCGACUUCCACUCUGUGGGGCAGCGACGGAUGAAUGGCUGCAACCGUCUCAUUGGAUGGUUCUGUGGCUAUGGAAUUGAGAGUACAGAGAGUCAGCGAAAAGCGCGGGAAGAAGAGAAGAGAAUCCGCCAUAUCAAGUCGAUCGAGCAGGAUCCGCGCGCGAAGAUCUUCAUAUAUAUCAAUAUGGUCAUUCUCAUAGGAUUGUCUGUAUUUCUGUAUGUAUUCUUUUCUGUCGACUGGAUAUAGGUUCUUUUUGGUGUUCAGGAGAGUCGAGGAGUCGUAAAGCAUACCUGUUUUAUAUAGUCCUCUUGUAAAAGCUUGUAAACGUAUUCAUAAGCUUAUUGUAUCUCUAUGAAGAACAGAGCCAUUAUAUAAAAUGGAUCUGUAUAGAGUGAUCCAUCCGUGUCUUUGAAAUUUCAUGUAAAUAUUCAGCUACCUUUCAUUUGUAUACACUGUACAUUAUUUUGAUCAGUUUUUAAAUGGUAAAUAAAACCGAACCACAUCAAGUUACUUAUCAUCGGAUGCUUUUCAAGAGUGGUAGUCAUGGUAGUUGAUGAAACCUAUAAUUCCAUGCAGAUAUAUUUACAUGGUAUGUUGAAAUGGUGGGCUACAUAUGGGUGUUUACUUGACGAAUGACGAAUCAAGGUUGGAGUUUUUAAAAUUUUACAGUGUCGAAUUGUUUCUCAUACAUUCAUACUACAAGAAUCAGUUGCCUGACACAUUCAACAGUUAUUUUAAAACAAAUCGCAGUGUAAACAAAUAUAAUACGAGAAAUUCUGAUAAUUUAUACAUGUACAUUCCUUUUUACCGCUUUUCUUUCUCAAGAACAGUCAUAAGUUAUAGAGGACCACUCAUAUGGAACAGUUUGCCCCCUGAAAUAAAAGAAAGUCCUUCGCUAAAUUCAUUUAAAGUAAGAUGUAAGUCUUACCUUCUAAAUAUGUAUACUUCACCAUGUUCUCAGUGAAUAAGCUUGCUUGCUUUUAUGUGUAUGUUUUUUAAACAUAUUUUUUGUAAUGUAGUUGUUAUUUUUUUUCUUCAAAUUUUUCAUUAGUUUGUUGAUUUCGUUUAUUUUGAAAUGUGUGUUUCUUGCAAUCUAAUCAAUUGAUUGCAGGAUGGUCUUUUUUCGGUAUUGAAUGUUAAUCAGGGAGUAGCCUAGAUAGGUCUAUUUGGCUUUUGCUAUUCCCCCACAUCGCAUUCAUUACCCUUUGUAUUUUUUUAUUUUUGUUAAUUUGUCAUUUUACAAUAUUCAUUACUCCUUUACUCCUUUACUAUGGAAUCAUUUUGAUUGAUCUCGAUAUAUUGUAUCUUGUAUGUUUUUUACAGAUGUGAAAUAAAUGAAUUUGAAUUUGAAUUUGAAUAAUCACUCUUGUAUAAAUUUGGGAAUGUGAAUAUUCCUCUAUGGUUCUUUGGCAGCCAGAAGAAGUCCAUGAUCUCCAGAAGGCUACUAUGUCCCCCAUAAAUGAUAGCCCUCCUACGAUAUACACAUGUAUCCAGUCUAAACAAUUAAAAAUAGACGUUGGUGAAUAAUUUUGAACCCCUAAUCGAGGCUGAAGCUUUUAGAAAAAAAAAUGAAAGGGUGCUGGGUGUCAAAUAAUCAAUAUUGAAGGGAUGGCGAACUUAGAUUUCAUACUUGAAGAAGUUCAUAGAGUGGAGAAUUUGAAUUAAUCAAAAUUGAAGGGGUGACGAGUAUAGAUUUUGUGAUAUUGAAAGGGUGUUAGUUUAUAUUUGUCAAACUUAAAGUAGUGAUGAGUUUAGAUUUGUCAAAGUAAUAGGGGUAAAUAAUUUAGAUUAUUGAAGUUGUAAGGGGUGACGAGAUCAUAUCUAUAAAAAGUUGAAGGGGUGACAAGUUUAUAUUUACCAAAGUUGAAGGGGUGACGAGAUAAUAUAUAUUGAAAUUGAGGGGAUGACUAGAUCAUAUUUAUACAAGUGGAGCGCCUCCGACAGUCUCACCUGCAUUAUGCGAUUCAAUAUAGCAGCAGUGCUGCAGAGCUAACAUU